UACAAACUAGGAGAGAACGUGUUUUUUUUUUUUAAAAGCUUUUAAAUGAUUUAAUAUUUGUAAAACUUAAAAAGAAAAUAUUAAUAUUUUAGAAAAUUUUGAGAAACUCGUAUUCUUCUACUGAUAGAGACAUAGAGUGCACUAGGUGACUGUUGGACGUGUCGAAUCCAUACACCGCAGGGAUAUUUCACUAUGGGUUGUAGGGUUAUAUUCUGUAUAAAAGAACCGGUGUGUUAUGAAGGGAUAUGGAGGUAAUAUUGUGUAAUUUCGUGUGUAUGUGCUCAAAUUUCUCUAUAAUAAAACUGAAAAUUUUUAACAAAAUUUUAGAUAUUUGAAUAAAAAAAUCUUGAGUAUAGAAUAAGUGAGUCUAAGAGCAUUUACAUCUAUAAUUUGCUUUUGUUUUUCAUAUUGUGUCUAAUUUAUAAAAUAAAAUAAAAACUAGGAGAGAAGAUAUUAGAUAUUAUUUUUUCAAAAAACUUCUAAAUGAUUUAAUAUUAGUAAAAAAAAUUUAAAAAAGAAAAAAAUAAUAUUUUAGAAUUUAAUUUGAGAAAUUCGUAUCCGUCUACCAUUAACAAUUUAACGAUGCUCUAAAUACAAUAUUAAUUACCAUUAAUUAAUAAAAAUAAAAAGAAGUUUUUGCCAGCGAUAUAGACAAUUAUUAGGAACGUCUAAUAAAAUAUCAAGCGAUUUAUCGAGAGGUUUAAGACUCAAAGGAAGAUUAUUUGCGGCAAAAUUGGGUUAUACGCAGUCGUUUUAAAGAAAACGGUACCCAUACUUUGUUGCCUCCAAUUCAAGCUUUCUCUCUUGGAUAUUUUCUUAUUUUCCCGGCGAAAAUGGCGAAUUAUUUCUCGGAGGUUUCUGGAAAAAGAGGAACGCCGGAGGAAGAGGAAGCAAGAUAUCCGAGGGCGAUGGAUAAGAUCAACUUCGAAGAUCCUUUCACCGAUCUCUCAGAUGACCAUCUCACUGUCAAGUACACAUACGGUGGCAGUUCUUCUAGCAUGGAGGGCAUGGUUCAGCCCCGAGUUCAGGCGCCGAUCAAUUGCAUCGCUUACUACUUCGAGAUUCUUGUGACUAACGCUGGGUCUGAGGGGCGAAUCGCUACUGGUUUCUCCACGGCGAGUUGGAUUGACAGUCGAGGAUCAUCGGAGUUCAAUAAAUGCUAUUAUCAUGGUGACACUGGCCUCAUUCACUGUCUCCAAGGAAAGGGUUUGACUGUAACGGCUGCCAACAAAACUACUACAAGCACGUAUACAACCGGUGAUAUAGUGGGUUGCGGUAUAGACUAUGUUUCACAGGAAUUUUUUUUCACCAAAAAUGGAUCUCUGGUAGGGACAAGCCCCAAGGUCUUCAAGCGUGUUCUGUACCCAACAGUGGCUCUACAUAGCAACAACGAGGAAGUCACUGUGAAUUUCGAACCCCAAACGUUUCUUUUUGAUCUUGUGGGAUACAAAACAUUUAUCAAGGGAAAGCUCAGCGUGGAGAUUGAGAAGAUAUCUAUCUCUCCAAGCGUAAUUCUAGACCUGGUGAAGAGCUACUUGGCUCAGUAUGGGUAUCAGAAUACCCUCCAUGCCCUCGGCGGUCCAGACAACACUGACUCUUCGGAUUCAGAGAACCACUCUUCGGAUUCAGAUCCAGAUCCAGACAACCACCCUCCACAUCCGCCUUCUGGUCUUGAGGUAGUUCUCAGACAGCUUAGGGCUUCCUCUUACUUCUGCCGUCAUUGAAUCCGUUCUGCCUUCACCAGUUGCUUAUAGCCUAACCAUAUCGGCAUCUUUUUGAACAAACACUCAAAAACGUUCCACGGUUCCUUUCAGACUUUUUCGUCGUUUGAUUUCUUUUAGAAAAAUUAUUUUCUUUUUC